AGCCCCUCAGCAUCGUCUAGGGCUCCCCCACUCAGGGACCCCCCCCCCCAGUUCCCCGGCAUCUGCAGGCUCCAGGGGAAGGGCAUUCAGCAGGGGCUGGAUACACCCAGAGAAUAGGGCAGACGGAGGCGCUGGAUCGGAAGAACAGGAGCCCCCAGCCCCAGGACACCAGAUGGAUGCACAAGUGGGCAGAGUUAAUGUUGAAUGGGCAGAUCUUGGAAUUUCCUAACAUUCAAGUGGUUGGCUUUGCAACCUAAAUAAUGUACUUUUAAUGUAGUGUUUCAUAUGGAUCUUUUGCUGCAGGCUGCGCAGAAGGAGGCUGGAUGCUCCCGACAGGUCCCACGCAUGUUUAUUGAGAUUGGCAUCUGAGAGUGCAGGCCCUAGCUCAAAGUGCAGUUGCUCCUGAGACAGACCAUGGCCACAGAACUGGGUACAAAUGCAGAUUUGGGUCUCCAGUCACAGAUGCCUUUAGAGCAGGGGGUGCAGCCCCCAGUAAAAAGGGAGGAACAAGACCCACCAGGCCCCGAGCCAGGGCAGGGAGUGGAGCAAGGAGAGAACCUUCCCUUUGUUGUCUGUUCUGGGACCAUCGGGGAAUUAUUGAGAUGGGCGGCUCCACAACAGUCCAGGCCUCAGAGGCAGGACGAGCCGCCCCAGCGCUGGGAAGUCCAGUGGCAGGAGGUGCUGCAGGCCCUAUGGACCCCUCCUGAAGUUGUGCCGGCCCCGGUGACGCUACAGCUGCCUGAGCUGGCACCAGGGGACGAUAUUGAGGCCUAUCUGGCCAACUUCGAGCAUGUGGCUAAUGCCUGCCAGUGGCCAAGAGGAGAGUGGGUAACGCGACUCGUGCCGGCACUGAGCGGAAAAGCCCGACAGGUCUACAGCAGCCUGGAGGCUAGAGACAGCAGAGACUAUGGGAAGGUGAAAGCUGCCAUCCUGCAAGGGGAGGACACCCGCCUGGAGAUGCGACGUCGAUGCUUCAGGCAGUUCCGUUACCAAGAGGCCGAGGGGCCCCGGGAGGCUUGCAGCCACCUCCGGGAGCUCUGCCAUCGCUGGCUGGAGCCGCAGAGCCACACCAAGGAGCAGAUCCUGGAGCUGCUGAUCCUGGAGCAGUUCCUGACCAUCCUGCCGGAGGAAAUGCAGAACUGGGUCUGGGAACGUGGCCCAGAGAACUGUGCCCAAGCGGUGGCCCUGGCAGAGGGGUUCCAGCUGGGGCAGCCAGAGGCUGGAUUAUGGGAGCAGCAGGUCACGGUGCGUGUGAAGGUUGAGGAAGUGACUUCGGAGAAAAUGGCUUCCUCUGAGGCAUUAUGGGAUGCUCCCGGCUCCCAGCUAGAGCAGCUGCAGUCUCAUCACGAAUGUGUAUCCCAGGAGGAGGUGGGACGAGCUGAGACCCCGGGACACCAGUAUGAACCACUCUGUGUCCCCAAAGAGGAGCCCCCGAUCCACCAGGAAAUGGAUAAUAAGUCAGGCCCCCUGUCUCAUUCAGAGCACAUGUUGGAUCGUGAACACAGGAUGGAUUCAGCCUGUUACUUGUUCUCCAUGUCCACUGAAGGUGACAUGGUGCUGAGCGCAAGUCCCCAGCUGGAGGUGCCAAGCGCAAGUCCCCAGCGGGAGGAGACAGAGAUGUCAGGGCCACGCAGGGUGCCCCUGGGAAGAUACAAAGGGAAGGCAUCACGGACUCAGCGCAGGGUGGGGAGGCAGCAUGGGAGCCCCAUUGGGAAAAGGGAGGUGGAACCAGCCCCUACACUACCAGACUUCGGGACGCCCGAACCCCAGCCCAGGCCUUUCAAAUGUGUUGAGUGUGCGAAAACCUUUUGCCGCAGCUCUGACCUGCUGAGACACAAACGGAUCCACCGAGGGGACCGGCCCCACCACUGCACUGAGUGUGGGAAAAGCUUUGUCCGGAACUCCCACCUCCUGAUCCACCAGGUGAUUCACCGUGGUGAACGCCCCUUCACGUGCAGCGAGUGCGGAAAGAGCUUUAGCCAGAGCUCCACCCUAACAAGACACCAGCAGAUCCACACUGGCGAGAAACCCCACCGCUGCCACCAGUGUGGCAAGAGCUUUGGGCGCAACUCCAACCUGACGAGGCACCAGAGGCUCCAUGCAGCUGAGAGGGUCUACCGGUGUGCGGGAUGCGGGGAGGCCUUCCGCAGCAGGGGGCUGCUCAUUUCUCAUCAGCGGUGCAGCAAGAAGGAGAGGCCAGAGGCUUGCAGAAAGCGCACAGCGCCAGCUUACUGCAUCUUCAUCACCUCUGCAAGGAAAGCAAGAGUUUACACUGUACACAGACCAGACAGACAAAGGAGUGGGAGGGGAAAUGGAGGCACAAAGAGGGGAAGUGACAUGUCCAAGGUCACACAGCAGGUGGAGUCUGUGACAUACCCUGAUUUUCUGGUUGAUACUGAGAGCAAUGGCCCCUUUCCACUGGAGGAUCCUAGCGAGGAGAGCUUCCCGAUGGUGCACUCGGCCGAGUUUUCGUGGAUGGAGCGAGAAGAGGAGCUAUGUGACGCUGAUUCAGAUGAGCGGGAGGAGCUGAGAGUUGUCCUGACAGAUGAUGGGGCCCUGAGUGAGGAUGAGGAGGCUGACGAUGUGCAGGAGCAGGACGCCGAUGAUGGGGAGCCAGAAGGGCCAUUCUCAGCCCACUCAGAAGGGGACGAUUCGUGCGGGAGCUCUGAGAGACCACAGGGUAGAUGGCGUGAUGCAGGUGUAGGUGAGCAGGCCUGCGAUGCGGAGGAUAAGCCGUUCCGAUGCUCCGAGUGUGGCAAGGGGUUUGCCCAGAGCUCCAACCUAAUCAAACACCAGCGGGUCCAUACCGGGGAGCGGCCCUACCGCUGCCACCAGUGUGGCAAAGCCUUCACCUGGAGCUCAUCGCUGCUGGAGCACCAGAAAUCUCAUGCUGGUGAAAAGCCCCACAGCUGUCCGGAGUGCGGGAAGAAGUUCAGCCGUGGCUCCACCCUGCUGGAGCACCAGCGCAUCCACACCGGCGAGAAGCCUUUCCGCUGCCACCAGUGCGGCGCCCGCUUCAGCCAGAGCUCCACACUGGUGCACCACCAGCGCACCCACACCGGGGAGCGGCCCUACCGCUGCGACGAAUGCGGGCGCAGCUUCGGCCGCAAGUCCACGCUGGUGACCCACCGCCGCACCCACACCGGCGAGAAGCCAUACCAUUGCCUGGAGUGUGGACGCAGCUUUGUGGUCAGUUCGGACCUGGCCAAACACCAGCGCACCCACACUGGCGGCCAAGGCCCCUACCGCUGUGGGGAGUGUGGGGAGGGCUUUGGCUGGAGUGCUGCCCUGGCUGCCCAUCGGGCCAGCCAGCACGGUGCAGAGAAGCCCUAUCGAUGCUCUGAGUGCGGGGAAGCUUUCCACCAAAAUGCCACACUGCUGGUGCACCAGCGCACCCACGCUGGUGAUGAGGCCUUCACCUGCUCCGACUGUGGGGAGUGUUUCCUGGAGAGCGCCAAGCUGGCCCGGCACCGGCGUGCCCGGCACAGCGCCGACGGGGAGGAGAAGCCUUUCAAGUGCUCCGAGUGCGGCAAGGGCUAUGCCCAGAGUGCCGGCCUGCGACACCACCAGCGAGAGCAACCCUUCCGCUGCCCGCAGUGCGGCCUGAGCUUCCUGUGGAGCUGCCGGCUGGCUGAGCACCGCCGCAGCUGCCGCAUGGCUGAGAAGCCAUACAAGUGCCCUGAGUGCGGCAAGAGUUUCGGCCAGAGCUCCAAGCUGCUGCGGCACCAGGUGACUCACACCGGCGAAAAACCCUACAAGUGUCCUGAGUGUGGCAAGAUCUUCAGCCAGAGCUCCAAUCUGGCGGAGCACCGGCGCACGCACGCCGGCCAGAAGCUCCACCGCUGCGGCAUCUGCGGCAAGAGUUUCGCCCUGGGCUCCUAUCUGGCCAAGCACCAGAUCACCCACACUGGGGAGCGGCCCUACCGCUGCACCGAGUGCGGCAAAGGCUUCCGGCAGAGCUCCAACUUGAUCCAGCACCAGCGCACCCACACCGGCGAGCGCCCCUACACCUGCCCCCAGUGCGGCAAAAGCUUCUGCCAGAACUCCCACCUCAUCAAGCACCGGCGCACCCACACCGGCGAGCGCCCCUACCGCUGCCCCCAGUGUGGCAAGAGCUUCCGCCAGAGCGCCAACCUGCUGGAGCACCAGAACACCCACACCGGUGAGCGCCCCUACCAGUGCGGCCAGUGCGGCAAGAGCUUUUGCUGGAGCUCAGCUUUCAGCAAACAUCAGAGGACGCAUCUCAGCUAGGGGAGCUGUGCUGGGAUCUACCUGAGCUGGGGGCCCUGUAUUGGGAGUCUGCGGGCCUACCUGAGCUGGGGUCCCCCGCAUAUGGGGAUCACUCAGCCCCAUCUCCAGUUAUGGACCCCAUAUGGGGAUCUCCAGGAGCCAGGGCAACACUGGGACCCCUCUGUGCUUCCCCCUUCUCCCUUCUGAGCUAAGGGACCCAAUAUGGAGACCACUAGGACACCCUAUGGACAUGCUGGAGUUCCCAGCCUAUCUUGCAUCAGGGUGACCCUUGAUUCCUUCCAUCAGGGAAGCAGGAUCCAGCCAUGGCACAUGGAGGCAAACCAAGAUCAGGCUCUGUCAUGCUAGGUGCUGCACAGAGACACAGUGACUGAGAUCAGGCCCCGUCAUGCCGGGCGCUGCACAGACACACAGUGAU